AUGCGACAUCGAAUCAACAAGGAGUGCCGUCUCUGUCGGCGCCAGUUUUCAAAGGCAGAACAUCUCCAUCGCCACAUGCGCAGUCAUACGGGGGAGAAACCCUUUCGAUGCCUGCACUGCCAGAAACACUAUGGGAGGAGGGAUGUCCUACGGCGACACAUACGAGAUCAUCACGGCGAGGCGGGACAAUCCUUGGAUGACGCCGGCGGAGUCGAGGUAUAUGAACGCAAUGAGGGCAAUCUUCUUGCAGGCCACGCACAAAGCCUUCGCUCUCCUAGACGAAAUCUGGGGACAAGCCUCAAUCCUCCUAUCUCGUCCACCUUACAGAGAUCGAACAAUGUCGUCGACGGUGCCAACUCCAUCGACGAUCUUCCCCCUUUAGCGGGUCUCGCGUUCGAGGAAAUUUUCGACUCGAUGACCGACCCGGUAACAUCUGCUGCUCUCAUAGACGACGUGAUGGACGCUGCUGUCUAUCCUCACCACACAUCACAGGCCAUACCUGAACAGGCCUACGAGGAAGCAAUCGAGAGUUUCGGUGUGACGGAUGUGAUCCCAAUACCUAGAGUUAAUGAGGCCAACGACAUAGAUGCGUAUGUCCACUCCUCAGACAGCAAUAUCGGACAGUUGACCACUACUGAGUUUCUCGACGGGACAGGUAACCAGCAUCUCCAUGACUACCUAUCCCCGACCACCUCUUUUGCCCUCACUUUUACAGACACAAGCCUUCAUGGACCCGAGUUGGGCGAGCAAUUGGAAUGGACUUCGCAGGAGACGGUCCAAGAACAACUGGAGUCGAUUGAGGCUAAUUCGACACAGCACUAUCCUGGGGACAAGCGAUAUCAAGUUGAAAUUCCAGAAUCUGCGUCGACUUCAGGAAUCAAUGGCAGGUCGUGGUUGAAUUUACCCUCUUCCCGACUGCCGAAGCAUAUCUCUCCGCGUGAAUCUGUUUGGCCAUCCAAAGUGAUGGGGGGAGGACAUCAACAGACCUCGCGCAAUUGGUGGGAAUUUGUCAUCUGCUGCUGUGAAGCCAAUAUCUUCUGCCAUCAAAGUGUUCAUACUGCCACAGAGUCGACAGAGAGCCCGACAUUCGGCUCGCACGCAUUUGGCUUCAAUGAGGAGUGCCGUUCACAACUCAUGCAAGCUUUCUGUCUUUCGCAAUCGAGCCGUCGGCCUGACGUGGCGGAUACCCUUCCAUCACAACCACCAUGGUCUCGUGGAGGCCGUCCAUCCAGCUUGGAAGCACAGUUUCCAUCCCUGGAAGCUCUGUCCGCAUCCCUCGGCCUCUACUUUCGUCACUUUCACCCGCUCAUGCCUUUUAUCCACCGUGUGACUUUUCACGCCCCCACGGCAAACCUUUCGGUCCUCUUCGCCAUGUGUCUGAUCGGCCUCAUGUUCCUAGACGAGGCACGAGCGAAAAGAUAUAUCGGAACGAUACUCCCUACCGCGAUUCAAACAUGCAGGAGAGACUUGGACCGACACGCUCAUCAGACGCCCUUCUCGGCCGAGGUGCUGGCCUCGCUGGCGUCCGCCAUGCUGCUCCUCUGCAUAUGUCACAUGGCCAACUUUUACGACGAGACGUCUCGGUUGAUGUACAUCGAGGCCAUGUCACUGUCGCAGCGCCGACAUCUCUUCCCGAUGGACGACGGCAACGAGGCCCUCAGAGGCUCACUGAACGGGGCGAGUCAGCGGGAAAAGUGGAAAGCGUGGGCCCGUGUCGAAAGCACCAAGCGGCUCUGCGUGUGCCUCUUAAUGGGCGACGCCAUGUUCUCCCACAAGUACGAGGUCAAGCCUAUGCUCCGCUUCGAACUGCUCGAGUACAUUGUCCCGAGCGACCUCGCGACCUUUGAGGCUCCAAACCAGGCCGUAUGGUGGAGGCUCUUGCUCCAGUCGCCGUCGGGGAGGAUGGUCACGCUGCACACGUUGAGUCUUCCGCGGUCAAUCGGCGACUACGAAAUGCACGGGCUGUUGGCAAUCUGUUGGGCUCAAGUCUUGAAAGGACAACAGCACCGCCCAGGCGGUGCUGUCGACUCGGACUGCGCUCGGGCAGGCAGGCAUUACAGGCCGCUUGACGACCAUUCUCGCACCCAGCGAACAGCCGCCGUGCUCUCGGGCCUGUACGAUGCAUACAAAGACGCAUUCGCAUCCCUCAACCCCAACUGUCUGGUGUCCUGGCACAACACGUGCAUGAGCCUGGCGGCAGAUCCGCUCCUCUUCCAAGACGCCGCCGGGAGGAACGGUGCCGCGCGGGCACGGAUAGCCCGCAACGCCGUGGCUCAAUGGUGCAAAACCCCAACCGCCCGACGAGCAUGCCUCCACGCCGCGCAGACGUUCCGCAUCAUGAGCCAGCGAAAGAUCUCCGAAGGCAUGAUGUUCCAGUCGGAGACGGCGCUGUUCGAGUCCGCCCUCGUCCUGGGUCUGUACCUGUACUUGAGACCCGCCGUGCCUGAGGUGUCGGCGUGGACAUCUUGGGUCGUCUCUGGAGGAGGGUGUGAAGAAGAAGAAUACGAACUAUUGGACGAUGUGGAUUGGACACGGAUCGGAGUGCUGGGCCUGAGCAAUUCGGUGGAAUAUCUGGGCGACGACGUUCCACGUUCAUCAGAUUCAGACUCCCCAAGCCGACGUUUCAUACGGGACGGCGACCGCACGCGCCUUUCCUUUGACGGCGUCCCAUGCGCCCCCGGCUUCGCAUCUGCUCAGGGCAUCUUCCUCGCCUUUUCCACCCUGUUGAGCCAGGUCGCGCCGUGGAACGCUGGGAGGAUCGAUGACAAUGACAGGGAUUCCCACUGGACCGAAGUCAUGUCCAUGUCUGAGCACAUUAGACGCCGUGCUAUGCAGCAAUUGGUAGAUGUUUUUGAGGAAUACAAAGAUAUAGAUGGGUACCCUCCAUUGUGGGGGGACGAGAUUGAGUACCAACUCGUGGCAUAUGAUGAUUCAAAUAAGCGGGUAAAUCUGCUCCUCAAACAGGAAUAUGUGCUCAACAGUCUGGAGAGAGUACACACGCGCGCUAAUAACACCAGUCCAGCUGCAAGGACUCCCAGCGGUCAAGUAGUCACCCCGGAAUUCCAGCCAGAAUUUGGAAGCUUCAUGGUCGAGGCUACACCGGGAAAGCCUUAUGAUAGCAGCGGGAUCGAGAGCUUGCUAAGUGUAGAAGAAAACAUGCGAAAGCGGAGACGAAUGAUACAAGCAUGCCUUGGUCCAGGAGAAGCAGUCGUCACCAUGCCAGGGUUCCCACGCCUGGGUGCUCCAGGGCUCUACACGGAACCUGCCCUGCCCACUCACGGACUCUUGCUGCAAUCACAGUUCCUUCCGGAUGGAUUGAUCAGCACACAUGACCGUUAUGGUACAAUUCACGAUAACAUGUCGGCGCGCCGUGCAGGGCGUCCAUGCAGGGUCAAGAUACCAAUCUACCGGGACAAGAACACGCCCUGGCCGUGGAGGGAGUCACUUCAAUUUCCUCACCGGAACAAUGCUCAAGAGGACGAUGCAAGGCAGAGUCACGACAAUUCAGCCGAGAACUUUAUAUAUGGCGAUAGCAUGGCAUUCGGGCCGAGCUUCUGCGGGCUCCAGGUCACGAUGCAAGCGCGAAACCUCCGAGAAGCACGUUACCUGCACGAUCAGUUAUGUCCGCUGGGCCCCAUCCUCAUGGCAUUGUCAGCGGCGUCGCCCUUCUUUCGUGGAUUUCUCACGAAUACAGACGUUCGAUGGAAUCAGGCGGCUUCGGCGGUGGAUGAUAGAACGACGAAUGAGCUUCAUUCAAAUACUAUCAAGCCCGCUGGCUUGCAUGCACGCUGGUCAUCGACGGCAAUGUACAUCUCUGACGACUCGCAACUUCAGCCGGUCUACAACUCACCUGAGAUUGAAGCUGACCCAGCAAUCAUGCGAUACCUCGAGCAUAACAGCAGCAUGGAUUCCCUGCUGGCUUCGCACUACGCCAACAUCCUUACUCGCGAUCCUAUCGCCUUGACAAAGAACGAGCUCCGAUCCUAUGAAAGCCUCGAUCUCUUUGAGAUUCUCCACUCUGCAGUCUGGCCGCAUGUCGACUUCAAACUGCCCUCUAAAGACGGUGCGGCAGGAUGGCGGGUUGAAUUUCGACCCCUGGAAGUCCAAUUGACCGAUUUCGAAAACGCGGCGUUCGCGGUGUUUGUUACCUUAGUCGCCCGCACUAUUUUGCACUACGGCCUCAACUUCUACGUCCCCAUAGAUAAGGUCGCAGAGAACAUGGAGAGAGCACACACGCGAAAUGCGGUCCGCGAGCAGAAAUUCUUCUUCCGUCUGAAGGUGUGGCGGGCGAUAUUAGAUGAAGAAGCGCCGGGAUCAGAGAAUCCAGACCAGGAAUAUACACUUAUGACCAUGACAGAGAUCAUGAAUGGAUCUGUGAGCUUGCAAAACUCAAAGGGUCACUCGUUCCCGGGCCUUGUCCCGCUCGUGCAGUCCUACAUUCUAGAGGUCUUUGGGAGUGUCGCCGGUGAUGAUAGACGGACGAUAGACAAGUACCUGGACAUCAUUCGAAAAAGGGCCACGGGGGAAAUGCUCACACCGGCGAGCUGGAUGCGACAGUUUGUGCAAGGGCAUCAGGACUAUCACCACGAUAGCUUCGUCUCGGAGCCUGUCUGCUAUGAUUUGAUGAAAGUCGUCAAGGCUUUGGGAGAUGGGAGGAUUGAUCCUGCAGAGCUGUUUCUUUGUGGAUAUGGGACGAAGAAGGACCAUGUCUAA